GGAAUGGACUAGAUGACCACCUGAGGUCUCUUCCAACCCUAAUAUUUUAUGAUCUACAGAUACAGUUUUCUGAAAAUGGCAGCAGUUGGGCAGGUGGUGAUAAGGGAAUACUGCACCUCUUUGUGCAAUUUUUGUUGAGGAAACAUAGAGUAGUUUUAGUAAUCCUAUAGCAUUAAAGUUAGUGGUAGAUGAUUUAUUCAUGUGACCAGUUUCAUUUAGUUUUCAAACUUUUCUUUUAAUGUCAACCCUCCCUUCUCUUCCCCCUCUCCCCCUUUCCUUCCAGUGUUCUGGAAGAUUCAUAUAAUUGAUGGAUAAUGUGGACAAGGAGCUUUGUUUCCUAAUCUCUCUAAAUUCCUGAGAGAGGCUGUGGGAACUUAACCACAUUAUAUUACGUCUACUUUGAAAAUUCUUCAAGUAACCCUUACUUGAUACGAAGAAUAGAAGAACUCAAUAAGACGGCCAAUGGAAAUGUGGAAGCAAAGGUGGUGUGUUUCUAUAGACGAAGGGACAUAUCGAGUACGCUUAUUGUAUUGGCUGACAAACAUGCAAGGGAAAUGGAAGAAGAGAUGGAAAACCCAGAAAUGGUUGAUUUACCAGAGAAACAGAAGCAUCAGCUAAGGCAUCGAGAACUGUUUCUCUCACGACAGCUGGAAUCUUUACCUGCCACGCACAUAAGAGGCAAAUGCAGCGUUACUCUGUUAAAUGAGACAGAAUCCCUUAAAUCAUAUCUGGAACGGGAGGAUUUCUUCUUUUAUUCACUAGUGUAUGAUCCACAGCAAAAGACUCUCCUGGCUGAUAAAGGAGAGAUUCGUGUUGGAAACAGAUACCAGGCAGAUAUAACAGACUUAUUAAAAGAGGGUGAAGAAGAUGGAAGAGAUCAAUCAAAACUUGAAACAAAAGUUUGGGAAGCAUUUAAUCCGCUAAUAGACAAACAGAUAGACCAGUUCUUGGUGGUAGCACGCUCUGUUGGUACAUUUGCCCGGGCCCUAGACUGCAGUAGUUCUGUCAGACAGCCAAGUUUGCACAUGAGUGCUGCUGCAGCUUCCAGAGACAUCACACUGUUCCACGCUAUGGACACUUUACACAGAAAUGUCUAUGACAUUUCCAAGGCGAUCUCUGCCCUUGUGCCACAGGGUGGGCCAGUCCUGUGUAGGGAUGAAAUGGAAGAAUGGUCUGCUUCUGAGGCAAAUCUCUUUGAGGAAGCACUGGAAAAAUAUGGAAAAGACUUCACUGACAUUCAACAAGAUUUUCUUCCAUGGAAGUCCUUAACCAGCAUAAUAGAAUAUUACUACAUGUGGAAAACUACAGAUAGAUAUGUUCAGCAGAAACGAUUGAAAGCAGCGGAAGCAGAAAGCAAGCUAAAACAAGUGUAUAUACCCAACUAUAACAAGCCAAACCCCAACCAGAUCAAUGUAAAUAAUGUCAAACCAGGAGUGGUAAAUGGUACAGGAGGACAGGCACAGAACACGGGAGCAGGACGGGCCUGUGAAAGCUGCUAUACCACACAGUCUUACCAGUGGUAUUCUUGGGGUCCCCCUAACAUGCAGUGUCGCCUCUGUGCAUCCUGUUGGACAUACUGGAAGAAAUAUGGUGGCUUGAAAAUGCCAACGCGAUUAGAUGGAGAGAGACCAGGACCAAACCGCAAUAAUAUGAGUCUUCAUGGUGUGCCAGUGCGAAACAGUGGGAGCCCCAAAUUUGCCAUGAAAACACGACAGGCUUUCUAUCUGCAUACAACAAAACUGACAAGGAUUGCCAGACGCUUGUGUCGAGAGAUCUUGCGUCCUUGGCAUGCAGCAAGACAUCCCCACCUGCCCAUCAACAGUGCAGCAAUCAAAGCAGAAUGCACAGCACGCUUACCAGAAGCAUCAGAAAAUCCAUUGUUGUUAAAGCAAGUUGUUCGAAAGCCUUUAGAAGCAGUACUCCGGUAUUUAGAAUCUCAUCCAUGUCCUCCGAAACCAGACCCUGUAAAGAGCUUGUCCAGUUCUCUUAACAAUCUGACUCCUGCCAAGUUUACACCUGUCAUAAACAAUGGAUCCCCAACUAUCUUGGGAAAAAGAAGCUAUGAGCAACACAAUGGGAUGGAUGGCAACGUGAAGAAGCGCCUAUUGAUGCCUAGCAGGGGAACUUAUUUAGGUCUGCCUAACCACGGACAAACCAGACAAAUGGGACCAAGCCGAAACUUGUUGCUCAAUGGGAAAUCAUACCCAACAAAAGUCCGAUUAAUUCGUGGUGGAUCCAUGCCUCCAGUGAAAAGGAGGAGGAUGAAUUGGAUUGAUGCUCCGGAUGAUGUGUUUUAUAUGGCCACUGAGGAAACCAGGUAG